AUGAUCCAGGGCGCCUUGGAGCCCGACGGCCCAGGCUGGGGCUGGGACAGCGAGGAUGACUGGGACAGCGCUGUCCUCACCCUGCUGGCGCUGGCUGUGGUGGCUGCCACGGCGCUGGCCUUGCACUGGUUUGGCUCCGGGCAGGGGCAGGAGGCGGCGGGACCUGCAUCCACAGCCCCCGGGGCCCAGUCUUCUCAGGCUGCAGGAGCCAGGCCGGCCCUGCCCCUGAAGCCCAAGGCCAGUGGUGGCGCCGAGGGACGCAGCGCCGGGCAGGGGCGGCCAGACCCCCCAGGACGUGGCCAGGGGAGCCCGGCUGCAGGGGCCCAGGAUCGAGAGCUCCGGGGAGGUGGUCUGGCUGCCGCGGCCGCACCUCCACUCAGGAUGCCGGGCGAGGCGGCCAGCGGAGGGGCCUUGGGACGGCAGCACAGCCGUGCGGCUCCGGAAGCCCCGCGAGCUACAGGCAAGGAGCCUCUCAAGCCAGAUACCGGCGUCCCGGGUAGAAGCAAAGUAGGGGGCGCAUCCGGGCCCCUCCUGAUCCACUUCACCCCCGGGAGCCCUGCCAGAGAGACAGAAGGGCAAGUGGAGGCAGGGGGUGUUCCAGCCAAGGUGCCCGCUCACCGGGCCGUGGUCCACGCAGCAGAACAGGACGCCAGCCCCUGGCAACACGGUGCAGGGCCACCUGGCUCACUGGGGAGAGGCCUAAGAGGCCGGCGGUGGCAGGCGGACCAAGGCUCAGGAGACGGAAGCCGCCGCCUCCCAAAGCGGGGCCCCCUCGGCCGCGGCGCCGCGGUGAGCGUGUGGGACGCCGUGGACGCAGCGGGCAGCCGCCGCCCCGCACGAGCCACGCAGACCGCGCCCUUGACGGAGGGCACAGCGGAGGGGCACCGGGCGAGCCUCCCACCGGCCUCAGAGCUAGCUCGGGAGGGCGGGGAGGCUGGGCCCCAGGCCCCCAGGGAGUCUCCGGGACCCCCGGCCUCCGUGGAGGGCUGGCCGUGGCAGAGGAGGGAAGUCCUUGUUGCCAGAAGUUUCACUCAGGCCCCAGGCUCCACGGGCCCGCGGCCGGAGGGGACGCCAGGCGGACACCCGCUCCCGUCGCACGGGCCGCGGGCCGCGGUCAAGGCUGACGGCUGUGGAGGCCGCCCUUUCCCCGGCUCCGGGCGGCGCGGGGCGGAGGAGCGCGGGGGAAAACAACCCGGGCAAGGCCAGGGGGUGCCGAGCGGCCGGCGGGGGGCGGGCGGCCUGGACGGGGGGACGCCCUCCGCACCCUCCGCGGCCUCCCCCUCCCCGCGCGACCCUACGCCCGUCCCACCCGGGGCCUCCGCGCCCACAGCACAUCCCUACGGGGCCCCUGCCCCUGCCGCAGCCCCAGCUCCAACCCCAGCCUCUGGGGCAGCCCCAGCUCCAGCCCUCGCCCCUGCCCCCGCCCCCGCCCCCGCCCCCGCCCCAAACGCUGAGUCAAGGCCCAGGUCCCGGGAGCCCAGCGUGGCUCUCUGCGAGGACCGCCAGGAGGCGCAGAGCUCAUCCAGCUGGAAAAACCUUAUUUCCAUGGUUCUUAGGAGUCACCCUUUUCCCAGGCAGGAGCGACUCCAAGGGGGAGCCCCGCGGGCGGCCCCCAGGAGCCCUAGAGAGCCCAGCACUGACCCACCCCCUGAGAACAGAGAGCCUGGUUCUCCCCCCGCAGGGCCCGCCCCCAGCCCGGGGGCCAGGAGCGGCUCCUCAGGGGGAGUGGCCCCAGGGGCUGGGUGUCAGCAGCCGCAGAGAAGCGUGGGCACCAGGGAGGCCCCUGCUCCAGACCCGCCCUCAGGCCCCAGAGGAGAUGGCGGGGAGGAGAAACACCCAGACUCCCCGCUGCUUGGAGCUGCCAUGCCCAGGGCCCCGUCACGGUCCCCUGAGCCCAGGCCACCUGGCCCUGCACCCUCCCCCGCUGCCAGGGGGGUCCCCCAGCCUGUCCCCCGGCCACGGAUUCGCAGCACGUGUGGAAUAGCAGAGAGCUCUGGGCGGGAGGGCAGCCAGGCGGCCCCGGGCGCGGCUCCAGGGGAGACGCCCUGCCCUGCGGGCAGCGGGGUCGUCCUCACAGAAAAGCAGAGAGAGGCCCCAGAACGCACGGUGCUUCUGCAGAGGCCCGGGAGCCGGGGGGAGGCCGCGGGGCCUCGGAAGCCCAGCCCGCUAGCCCGGGAGCCCCCGGCGGCAGCGGCUCGACGCCGGCGGCGGCCGGACCUGGGCAGCUGCCUGGACGCACUGGCCUCUGCCCAGCAGCACGGGCAGCCCGGCCUGGCGCAGGAGACCUACGCCUUGAUGAGCGACAACCUGCUGCACGUGCUGGGAGACCCGGGCCUCUACCGGCAGCUGAGCGGGGCUGACCGGGAGCGCAUCCUGAGCCUCCGGACGGGCCGGGGCCAGGCGGUUCUGGGGGUCCUCGUGCUGCCCAGCCUCUACCAGGUGAGCCGCUCGGGGCUCACGAGGGGCCCCUGUGGGGAGGAGGCUCCUACAGCGGGGCCUGCACCCCUGCCUGCUCGCACGCACCUGCACGUGUUCGACCCCCAAGAAAACGCAUGGCGGCCCCUGACUCAGGUGCCGGAGGCGGCCCCGCUGCGCGGCUGCGGCCUCUGCACCAUGUACAACUACCUGUUCGUGGCGGGGGGCAUCCGCGGCUCCGGGGCCACGGCCGUCUGCUCCAGCGAGGUCUUCUGCUACGACCCGCUGACCAACGUCUGGAGCCAGGUGCGGCCCAUGCAGCAGGCCCGCGCCCAGCUCAAGCUGGUGGCCCUGGAUGGGCUUCUUUAUGCCAUUGGUGGAGAGUGCCUGUACAGCAUGGAGCGCUACGACCCGCGCACGGACGCCUGGACCUUGCGUGCGCCCCUUCCUGCGGGCACCUUCCCCGUGGCACACGAGGCUGUGGCCUGCCGUGGGGACAUCUAUGUCACCGGGGGCCACCUCUUCUACCGCUUGCUCAGGUACAGCCCCGUGAAGGAUGCGUGGGACGAAUGCCCCUACAGUGCCAGCCACCGGCGUUCCAGCGACAUGGUGGCGUUGGGAGGUUUCCUAUACCGAUUCGACCUGCUGCGGGGUGUGGGCGCCGCAGUGAUGCGCUACAACACUGUAACCGGCUCCUGGAGCCGGGCCGCCUCCCUGCCGCUGCCGGACCCGCUCCCGCUGCGGUGCACCACGCUGGGUAACACCAUUUACUGCCUCAACCACCAGGUCACCGCCACCUUUACAGUCUCCGAGGGGACUGCCCAGUUCCAGGCCAGGGAGUUGCAGCCCUUUCCUCUGGGAAGUAAGGGGGUCCUCUGUCCAUUCAUCUUGACUCUGCCUGCCACCAGCCGCCUGCAAACUGCUCUCUGAGCUGCUGCUCUCCAGGGAGACCCUGGGCCUGGGGGUCUGAGGCAAGUGGAGCACAGGAGAUGCCUGGCAGAACCUUCUGCUGUUGUUUCUGGGACAGCUUUGUUUUUCUGCUCUAAUAAAGCUCAUGAUCACCCCGCUUCCAUACCCCUUUCCCUGAAAGAGCCCUGUCCCCCUGGGAGCUCAGGCUCCUUGCAUCUGUGAACUGGUUGCUGGGCAUCCCUAGCCGGCUUCUAACCUUCUCACCACAGCAUGCUGUUUACUGCCUUUUCCACUUAGUUCUUGCCCUCACGCCUCAGCUGGCUCACAGCCCCUCCUCCAGGGGCUCCUCCUCCUCCCCUAACCCUCCUCCCCUUCUCUGGGCUCCCAGGAGCCAGGCGUCCUCUCUGCAGCACUGCACACUGCCUGGAAAAAUCUGUGCGUGGGUCUCUCUGGUGCUCUGCGAGCCAGAGACCUUGGAGACCAGGAUUCGGCUUGUGGAGGGGUUGAGUGACUGCUGAGCCAAGGAAGGAGGUGGCUAGAGAGUCACACUCCCUGCGCUCUGUCCCUCGAGCUCCAAGCUGCGCAAGGGUCUGUAAGGGAGUGGGACAGGGGAGCAAGGAACAGAGGGUCCCCAGGAAAAUGUCCUUGCCUCAGGCCUUGGGAGCCGGGUUGGCUCCUCCUGGGAAAGACCCUGUAGCCCUCCUUUGUGCAACUGGUCCCCAGAGGCCUAGAGCCCUGCCUGCGAAACUGUUCUGCCCCUGCCUGUAACCACUUAGGCCCAUGCCCCUCUGCGGCUUGUGGGGUCUCUCCCCCGACCCCUGCUCUGCCCCUCCAGAAGCCAGCCUCACUUCCCACCAUCCCCUGUUCUUCUGUGAGGCCCAGGUUUCACCUGAGCUCUCUCCCCUGAUAGCUGUGGACUUAGCCAGACAUAGGAUUCCAUUCUUCUCCUCUGCGCGGUGGGGAACAUGAACAUCUGUUACUCAGGAGAGCUGUGAGGGCACGAGGGCACCUGUGGGCGCCUGGCACAGUGCCCAGGAUGGAGAGAUAAUGUCCCCUUUACCCAUUUUGGAAUCCAUCACAGGAAGGUAAAUAAAUCUGACUGAAUACU